GGAACUACUCCUUCGUGGUGAUGAUGACCGCACUCUCACCGCAAAGACAGUGCAGUAUCUGUCGGCAGGCGAACGACGAGUUCCAGAUUGUGGCCAACAGUUGGAGAUAUUCGCCACAGUUUUCAUCAAAACUCUUCUUCGGACUCAUUGACUACGACGAGGGCUCAGACAUCUUCCAGUCGUUGCAACUCAAUUCGGCGCCGGUAUUCCUAUACUUCAGCGAAAAGGGUAAACCGAAAACACCGGAACAGAUGGACAUCCAAAGGGUGGGCUUCGGCGCCGACACUAUCGCCCGAUGGAUAGCCGAGAGGACAGACAUCCAGAUCCGAGUGAUCCGUCCGCCCAACUACUCGGGAACGUUAGCACUGCUCAUACUGUUCGCACUGAUCGGGGCGUUGCUGUACAUGAGGCGCAAUAACCUCGACUUCCUCUACAACAGGACCUCCUGGGGGUUGGCGGCACUGGUAGGCAGUGGCGGCACAUACCAUUCCUCCCGUUUUAUUCAUUUACUGCUUUUGAAGUAUAAUUAA